UAUUAGAUGCAUACACGUCAAAAUGGCAGAUGUCUCGUUCUCUAGCCGUGCUUACUGUAAGAUUAUAUUACACGCAGCUAAGUAUCCCCACUGUGCGAUAAAUGGAUUGUUGUUAGCCAAACAGAAGAAUAAAAGCGACAGCAAAUCCACGGAAUUACGUAUAGAGGAUGCGAUUCCGCUAUUUCAUAUCUGCCUUCAUGUAUCGCCUAUGGCAGAAAUCGCAUUGACUAUGGUUGAUCAGUAUGCUACAAGCAAAGGUUUAAUAAUUGUAGGUUAUUAUCUUGCAAAUGAAAACAUAAAUGAUCUAAGUACAGAUAAACCGGCUCACAGAAUUGCAGACAAAAUAGCAGAAAACUAUGGCAAUGCUCUGCUUGUUGUGAUCGAUAAUAAGGAAAUAUCAUUUGGCGUAAACUCGAAUCGUUUGAGGGUAUCUCAAUAUAUCGAUGGCAAAUGGAAGCUCAAGGACAUAACAGACGUAAUCUGUGAUAAAGGAGUAACGCAUACAGACGCAGUGUAUUCUUUACUAAAAACAGAGCAAUAUAGAAAUCUUGUUGAUUUUGACAAUCAUCUCGACGACAUUUCUCUUGAUUGGCAGAAUCGUAAAUUGAACAAGAUUGUAGACGAAGCUGUAGAAAAACACAAAUAAAAGCGUUUAAUUAGAAUUUCUAUUUAAUAUAUAAUUAAGCGUGUAAAGACUA